CUCGCGGCCUCGUCUAUCUCCACUUCACUGCACUUUUCCAUUUUUUAUUUUCUCAGAAAACCACUACAUUCUGCCUCUCCGUUCUGUUCUUGCCUUGUUCUAUUUUUCGGCUCUGCUGUACAUGGCGUCGGCUGCAGGUGAGGGGAGGAGCCGGGUGCUGGUGAUAGGCGGCACCGGCUACAUCGGCCGCUUCAUCGUCGCCGCCAGCGCACGCGAGGGCCACCCCACCGCCGUCCUCGUCCGCGACGCCGCGCCCGCCGACCCAGCCAAGGCCGCCGUCCUCCAGGGAUUCCGGGAUGCCGGCGUCGCCAUCGUCGAGGGUGAUAUGUAUGAUCAUGAGAGCCUGGUGACAGCCAUUAAAUCAGCAGAUGUUGUGAUCUCGGCCGUGGGUUAUCAACAGCUACCGGAUCAAACUCUCAUUAUCUCGGCAAUUAAGGAAGUUGGGCAUGUAAAGAGAUUCUUCCCAUCAGAGUAUGGUAAUGAUGUGGAUCGUAACCAUGCAGUUGAACCUGCAAAGACAGUAUUCGGUGGGAAAGCUCGUAUAAGGCGUGCCAUUGAGGCUGAGGGAAUUCCCUACACAUAUAUCUCUUCCAACUUCUUUGCUGGUCGUUUCUUGCGAAGCCUUGCGCAGAUUGGGGUCACGGAGCCUCCAACUGAGAAGGUUCUCAUUAUGGGUGAUGGAAAUGUAAAAGGAGUCUUUACGGCGGAAGAAGACGUGGGAACCUACACUAUUAAAGCUGUAGAUGAUCCAAGGACCCUGAACAAAAUCCUGUAUCUGAGGCCACCAAGCAACACUUUGUCCCAUAACGAGCUUGUCUCACUCUGGGAGAAGAAACUUGGUAAGACACUUGAGAGGGUGUACCUCCCAGAAGACGAACUCCUGAAGAAGAUUCAAGGGCCGCUGAGUGUACCACUGGCAAUCAGCCACUCUGUCUGGUUGAAGGGGGACCACACUAACUUUGAGAUCGACCCAUCAUUUGGAGUUGAAGCCACUCAGCUUUACCCUGAUGUGCCUUACAUUACCGUGGAUGAAUACCUAAAUAGGUUCCUUUAAACUCCUAAAUCCUAUCGUCCCCAAUAUUCAUAUACUUUGAAUAAAUGUUGGAGGUUGUGUAUUUUUAUUAGAAUGGCACGUGAAUUACGUAAUAGUGUGAGACCUCAAUCAUGUGAGGAAUGCAUCUUGCAUUCCCUUGAGCUUAGAAUAUAUAAACUGAGGUUGUAUAAAUUUGGAAAUUUUAGCUUGAUGGAACAUGAUACCGUAUGUAACAGCCCGGGGGUUUACGCCAAAUUAGAAAUUGUUUGUUAUUUAA